AGCGGUUGGGCCGGGCCCCACGCCAGCCCCUUUCUGAAGGGCGGGUGCAUAGCGUGAGGAGGAGGGGUGCGGGUCUCGUUUUAGGUGGAAACGGACUGGGCAGCGUCAGCGGAAGCACCAGAAAACAGGCCACCAGAGGAAACCACGUCCUCGCAGACCGGCCAUAUUGUCACAUCGCAGAUUCUGGCCUACGGCCUUGCACCAGCCACGUUCCUCCUGCUCGGGAAGCAGCGCCAGGCUGUCUGGAGCACCCCACACGCUCAGCUAGCAGCGCACAAUGCCUCUCUUCGGGAACACCUUCAGCCCCAAGAAGACCCCCCCCCGGAAAUGUGCCUCUCUCUCCAACCUGCACUUGUUGGAUAGAUCGACCCGUGAGAUUGAGCUUGGCCUGGAGUAUGGCAUCCCUACUAUGAACCUCGCUGGCCAGAGCCUGAAGUUUGAAAAUGGCCAGUGGGUGGCAGAAUCAGGAAGCUUCACAGGGGAUCGCAGGGAAAUGCAGCGCUUGCGCAAACGAAACCAGCAGCUAGAGGAAGAAAACAACCUCCUUCGGCUGAAAGUGGAUAUUUUGCUGGACAUGCUCUCUGAGACUACAGCUGAGUCCCACCUGAUGGAGAAGGAGCUGGAGGAACUGAAGAACCACAGCCGGAGGAGGAAGUGAGGAAGAAGAGGUGGCUGGAGGAUGGGGGAGCGAGGAGGCUGGCUCUGAGUCUCGGCUGCCCCUGCAUGUGGGACACUGGGGCUGGCUUGGGCCUCUGAGCCGGGUUGGUACUGUGUGUAGGUACUUUGUUCCAGGGCGUCAUGCGUAUCAAGAUGCCUCCAGUACUGUGUGGUGCUGUAGGUACUGCAUAACAGCUGGCUCAGCACCCCAACAAGUCAUGCUGCAACACUGUUGAUUAACACUCCCAUUCAUUUUUCUCAGAGCACUUUACCUUGCUACCUUUCCUCACUGCAGCCCGGCAGUAGGUACCCUGUUUCCUAAGGCAGCCUGACAACAGGCAGUAGAACAGAUCCACCUCCGGAUGGGCCCCUCUGCCUGCUGUAAAAAACGCAGGGAGGAUACCCCCUCAAUCUGUCCCCUCGGGGGAGCCUGCGGGGGCUUGUACAAGCUUCACUGCUUGCCUUUGCUAGCAGGAUGCUGGAGUUGUUGUUCUUAAGGGUUCUGCAUUCCUUAUAUAAAAAAUAUACAUUCAAAACCAGACUCU